AUCCGUUUAGGUACUGGUUACCUGCUGUCGCAGUGAGGUGUAUAGAAUUCUUGGAUAAGUAUGGUUUAGAAGAAAUAGGUAUUUACAGGAUACCAGGGAUCAGAACGACGGAGCUCCGCAUACGUGACAUUUUCAAUUCUGGUGCGGACUUGAACUUUUUACAAAGCUCGAAGGAAGAUCCGCAUGCUGUGGCCACACUUUUAAAGAUGUACUUUAGAGAGUUACCCGAGCCGUUGUUGACGGAGGCCUUGUUGCCGGAAUUCAAUGAAUGCAUCGCGAAAUAUACCAAUUUGGAAACGCAACCGAUCUCUGCGGCAAACUUCGUUGCCCCCAAUGAUCUCCCACGUGAUUUGACCCCAAUUGUUUCUCGUUUGCCUCCUUAUAAUUUCUACUUACUUCGUGCUCUCUGUGGGCAUCUUUCCCGUGUCGACGACAAAAGCGGAGUGAACAAGAUGAAUAUAAGUAAUUUAGGGUUAUUCUUCUGUCCGAGUCUGGGAAUAGGUUCAAUCCUUUUUAAAACGUUUGUUGAGAAUAUUGAUGUCAUCUUCGGAGGUGGUUGUAAGGCUGAGGAGGAGGUAUUGGAAAAUGAAAAACGUGAACGAAAUGUUAAAGAAAAGCAGACACCACUAGUAUAUCAUAAAACAUAUAUCUCGGAUGAUUUCUCUAAGAGCUUUGAGGAUAUACUAAUUCUCAAUAAAAAGGCUGUGACAGAUUCAUCAAGUCAUUCAUACCCAUCUUCCUCUUCGUCUUCCAUGAAAGGGUGUUACUUUAAGGACAAUGCGGACACACUCGUUGGCGAUCAGGAUGUUACUCUGAGAAAAUAC